AAAACUCACUUGAUCGAAAUGAUAAGAAAUUCUUCCUGCAACUGAAUGGUCAUUGGUUCGAAUUUGUAUAUACCCCUACUCGGAAAAUUUUUCUCCAAACCCAAGGGGGGUGCAAAGCACCCCCUCCUCUCCAAGUGGCUCCGCCACUGACUGGAGCGACUGCCUCCAGAGUUACCUCCUCUCUCGAGAUCUCUGGCACGGCUUCAUCAUCGUUGACGACGACGAGCAGCCGAUUUCCUCGGAAGAAGAUGAUGACUGACGGCGGAAGAACGCGGCGGCGCUGCACGCGAUCAAGAUCUCGUGCGGCAGCAGCGUUCUCCGGCAGAUUCGGGGGAUUGAUUCGGCCAAGCAAGUUUGGGUGGCGCUCGCCACUUUGUGUGGUGAUGGAGGAUAGCAUCCGAUGGGCCUCGUGGCCGAGUGGCUUAGUUACUAGGGAUUUAUUGUUAGUUAAUUGUUGGAUUAUUUGGGAUAUUCGUAUUAGUUAUUGUGUCUUGUUGGGGAAGUUAUUAUUUACUUGUUGGGUUAUGAUUAGUUACCUUGUUCGAGAGGGAAAGGGUUAUGAGAGUAGUAUAUAAACAUGUACAAUGUUCUUUGAUUUUAUGAAGUCGAUCAAUAUAUUAAGUAGUUAGUAGAGAAAAGUAGCUCUUGUAUCGUGUUUUCUAGUUCUUUCGCUAAAUCGCUCGAGAUCACCGGUGCGUGAAAUCCCGUUCCGCAUCAAUUGGUAUCAGAGCUUGGUUAGGCGCUGAAUUCGCAAUGCCGAUUUUCACGCAACAUCCAGGAGGAGAGGGUUACGCACCUUGGGCACGAACCGACGAGGAAAUCCUUCCUCGUCACGUCAAUGGCUACCCUAGCUAUUGGACGCCGCUACACCCACCGUUGCCGAGGUAUCCAUCAUCGUCACAUCACCCACCAUGGUCAUAUCAUGAUCGAUACUACCGCCAAGACCUGGAGAGCUUAGCCGCAAGGGUUAGUGAUAUUGGAGCUGCUCCGCCAUACGCCGCCAUGGAUCAUUGGCCAUGCUAAGAUCCGUAUCGAUCAGUCAGGUAUCCCGAAGCUCAACAACAGGCGUCCUAUACAUCGCCAGGAUACCGACCUCUUGGUUAUGCUUCCGUUGUCCAAGAGGAUUUGGAUUGGACGGAUGCGGGUUACUCGGCUCAAGAAGUUGAGUCACCAUCGAUAGUCACCAACGGAGCAACAACGGCCACGCCUUUAUUGACCAUCAUCACACCAACACCAUCCAUGAAUGUCGGCGCCGCUGCUCUAGCUAGAACUUUUAUGUGAGUUCCAUUCUCGAUGUGCAAGCCAAGCCUUGUUGAGGAGACGCCGUUAGCAUCGACAACCACCGUGGGAGUGGAAUGGCGGGACAGAACAGCAAGCAUCAACUGCGAAGAGCCGAGGGAGUUGGUGAGCAGCUGGAGGAAGGAGGACGAUGACUUCACGUCGUCCUAUGAACCCGGGCCAUUGACGUUGGACAUGGCAAAGAUGGGGUCCGACUACAGAAGAGCGAGCGUGCCUCUGAGCCGCCCGAAGGUCUUUUCAUCGGAGGGUGAAUCGAAGAGGAUACCAGCAAAUUGUUUCACCAACGUUCCGUCAGAGAAACCUUCAUGGGAAGAGUGGCGAGAUAGCUGCAAUCGAAAACUAAAAGAGCUCUCCUCCCGCUACAUGAAGCUUCCGGCAGCGAAGAGCCCAGUCAUGUCACCAGUGAAGCGGCCGGGUAUGGAGGCGUCUACACCCAUCAAGACAAGAACCAACACGGAGUCUCGCCGGGAAGCAGAGUACGGUGGGGAUACGCCGGAAAGGGCUGCCGUUGGUCAUUGCUGGGGACGUUUGGCGAGUGACCAUGACCAUGACAGGUCGGCGGCUAUGUUAAGGCAAGGAUCACGAAGAGCCGGUCCGACUAUUGGAUCGCCAAAUCUCGUCUGCGGGUCCGAGCUACGACCUGCUUCUGUUUUAAAGGGCAGGCGGAUUCGAGUGGACCUUGAGCCGAGGAUGGGUGGAUUAACUGAAGCCUUGUUGUUCGGGGCUAGACCGGCAAAUCAGGAGGAUCGUGAAGUUGCCAUGGUGAGUGCCGAAGUUAGCAAACGAAUGGCCUUCUUCCAUGUAUACGUACGUAGCAAGGGUGGAGGCAUGCGUGGGGCGCGUGGAAAAUGGAGAAUGGUGGACCUCCCACGCCAUGCAUGGUAAGGUGGAGGAAGCUGAUGUAUUUGGUGACAGGAGUUUAGUUCAAGUGCCUGGGAGUAAUUGGAAAUUUCGUAAACGAGGUUGGCGUCAACGAGCAUCCACUAUUUCCAUGAUCAUCAAUACAUGGGAGCGGUUUUUCUUUAUCGAUCCGGGUUGAGUAUGGUUUGAGUUAGUUGGCUAAUUAACUCGAACCUUGGGGACAAGGUUCUUUCGAAGGGGAGGGGAUUGAUGGAGGAUAGCAUCCGAUGGGCAUUCGAUGGGCCUCGUGGCCGAGUGGGCUUAGUUAUUAGGGAUUUAUUGUUAAUUAAUUGUUGGAUUAUUUGGGAUAUUCGUUUUAGUUAUUGUGUCUUGUUGGGGAAGUUAUUAUUUACUUGUUGGGUUAGGAUUAGUUACCUUGUUCGAGAGGGAAAGGGCUAUGAGAGUAGUAUAUAAACAUGUACAAUGUUCUUUGAUUUUAUGAAGUCGAUCAAUAAAUUAUUAAGUAGUUAGUAGAGAAAAGUAGCUCUUUUAUCGUGUUUUCUAGUUCUUUCGCUAAAUCGCUCGAGAUCACCGGUCCGUGAAAUCUCGUUCCGCAUCAUAUGGCGACCAGGCUGCAGAGAUGGUUGAUGUUCAGGAGCUCCCGUCGACGGGAGAUGUCGACGUACAAGGUAAAACCAUUCCGCUUCGUGGUAAUGAAUUGAGAGAUCGACUACGUAGAUUAUUUACGUGAUUGAGUAAUACGAUGUGUAGUAAGGUAACCGACAAGAGAAGGUUUUCAAUCUCUUAUAUUCUUUGCGAGACAGAGCAACCAUGUUGUCGUCGGUUGACAGAGAGAAGAACACGAUGCCGCCAUGUUAACACCUUGCGCUAAUCUUUCUCACAUCUCCGGUGCGGCUCUUCAGAUGCAGAGAGAACUUCAGUGGUUUCAGGUUAGUCAUAUUACUAUCAAAAAACCAGUUAGGUGUCAAUUGUAAGGAAGUGAAAUGGUUAAAUAUCAUACAUCGACAUCUCUCAGUUAUUGGAAUCAGUUGGUUUAUGACAUGUUAUCAAAAGCUGGUUUGUCCUUGAUGUCACGUGUUUAAAUCCACAGAACCCCCAAUAUUAACUGUUAUCUUAAAACACAUUGUAUAGGCGGAGCCUGUACAAACUUCGAGCCCACGAGUUGCCUUUCAUUUGAGGGGGUGUGUAAGAAAGUGGCUAAGUAUCA